CCGAGGGGCGGCACGGAGGCGGCCGUACGGCCGGGACCGGCCCGCUGGGAGCGCUCCCGCCCUCCGGCGGCGGUGGCUGGCGGGCAUCGAGGCCCAGCGCGGAGUCAGGUGGACUCAGGCAGAAUCCAGAAAUUGGCUAAUCUCAGCCAGGACUCGGGAGCGAUGUCGCAACAACUCCUCUACCGAGCUCUGGUGUCUGCAAAAUGGCUUUCAGAAGCCAUCAAGUCCCAGCAAGCUGGCCUGGCCUUGAGAAUCGUGGAUGCAUCCUGGUAUUUGCCGAAGAUGAAGCGUGAUCCGAAGCGGGAGUUUGAGGAGCGCCACAUCCCUGGUGCAGUUUUCUUUGACAUUGACCAGUGCAGUGACCGAACCUCGCCUUACGAUCACAUGCUGCCCAAGGCUAGUGACUUUGCUGAGUAUGUGGGGAAGCUGGGUGUGGGGAAUGAUUCCCACGUUGUGGUGUAUGAUGGCAGCGACCAAGGUCUCUUCUCAGCACCCCGGGUAUGGUGGAUGUUCCGGGUCUUUGGACAUGAAGCUGUCUCCCUUCUGGAUGGUGGCCUGAAGAACUGGCAGCGAGAGGGGAAUGCACUGAGCUCUGGGAAAACCCAGGUAGCUCCAUCUGAGUUCCAUGCCUCCUUGGACAAGUCCCUGGUGAAAACUUAUGAGGAUGUCUUAGAUAACUUGGAUUCCCAUCGCUUCCAACUAGUGGAUGCCCGCGCUGCAGGACGGUUCCGGGGAGUAGAGCCAGAACCCCGAGAUGGAAUUGAGCCUGGUCACGUCCCUGGGUCGACGAGCAUCCCCUUCACUGAUUUCCUCACAGAGUCUGGCUUAGAGAAGACCCCUGAGCAGAUCCGUACUCUGUUCCAGGAGAAGAAGGUGGACCUCUUAAAGCCAGUGGUAGCCACGUGUGGCUCUGGGGUCACUGCCUGCCACGUGGCUCUGGGGGCCUACCUCUGUGGCAAGCCAGAUGUCGCAGUGUACGACGGGGCCUGGGUGGAGUGGUACAUGCGGGCACAGCCUGAAAAUAUUAUUUCUGAGGGAAAGGGGAAAACAGUGUAAUAAGCUGCAUUGUCUCCCAGCUGUGCAGGUAGUUUGCCUUGAAACAGGAUUUGGAAAAGAUGGGUUUAGCAUUCCUGGUUAAGUGUCUUGAGAUGAAGGCAUUGGAUAACAAUUAUGUGCACAUGGUGCUUCAGCACUUUCUCCUUACCCUGCUGCUGCUGCUGCUGCUUAGGAGGAUAAAGAUGACAGCAGUUCUGGGCAGCCAGCUCUAGGUAACACUGCCUGAGCAGAUAGGGUGGAACACAUGUCAUCCCAGGGUCACUUCCAACCUCAACCAUUCUGUGGUUCUGUGACCAUUUCACCAUAUCAGAUGGAUGGCAGAGAGUGCUGCUGCCAGCAUGGGGAAUUAAUUAAGCCAAGCUCCUGACUCAAAACAUUCAAUCAUGUUCAUUCAUGGGAUGGUCAUCAUACUUAUAUAGCUGUGCCUCAUAAUCCUGCUCUCUGCCUCUGUCCCACCCAUGCACUUUAUGGCCAUUUUGAGUGCAAAACUUUGUGGAAGGACAUGGCUGUUAAAGGAGCAAAUAUGGUUUUAAGGUUGGCACUUAGGCUAGAGACUUGAUCUGUAUUUCUUCUUGUACUUGGACUCUUUAACUGCAGUAUGUACUUAGCCAGCCUUGUAGCCCCAUGGUCCAAAAUCCCCCUUGAGAAAAAGAAGAGAUUCUGGGAUUUAAAUAAUGUAAAUAAACAUGUUUCAAGGUCUUUCUGCUGAAUGAAACUUA